GGCCCUGGCUCCCAGUCUUCCGCCCGCCGGUCGCCGACACAUCGCCACUGCCACUGUCGGGUCCUCCCGCCCUCCCUGCCCGCCGGUCAGGGCCGCUCCCGGGAGGAUGUACCGGAGCCUGGCGCUGGCCGCGAGCCCCAGCCAGGCCGCCUACGCGGACUCGGGCUCCUUCCUGCACGCUCCGGGCACCGGCUCCUCGAUGUUCGUGCCGCCAGCGCGGGGCCCCUCCGCGCUGUCCUACCUGCCCCGGUGCGAGCCGGGCCCACAGCCCCCCGAGCUCGCCGCGCGCCCCUGCUGGGCGCAGCCCGCCCCCGCGGAUUCGUCGGCCUUCGGCGCCGGCAGCCCGCACCCGCCGGCCGCGCACCCGCCCGGGGCCGCCGCCUUCUCGUUCGCGCACAGCCCCCAGGGACCGGGCAGCGGCAGCAGCGCGCGGGGCCGGGACCGCGGCGCCUACCAGGGCGCGCUGCUGCCUCGGGAACAGUUCGCGGCCCCGCUUGGGCGGCCCAUGGGCACCUCCUAUCCCACCACCUACCCGGCCUACGUGAGCCCCGACGUGGCCCCGACCUGGACCGCCGGGCCCUUGGAUGGCAGCGUCCUGCACGGCCUCCCCGUCCGCAGGCCCGCCUUGGUGUCUGACUUCUUGGAGGAGUUCCCAGGUGAGGGGCGUGAGUGUGUCAACUGCGGGGCCCUGUCCACACCCCUGUGGCGCCGCGACGGCACCGGCCAUUACCUGUGCAAUGCCUGCGGCCUCUACCACAAGAUGAACGGCGUCAACCGGCCGCUCCUCCGGCCCCAGAAGCGCCUGUCCUCAUCCCGCCGCGCCGGCCUGUGCUGCACCAACUGCCACACGACCACCACCACCCUGUGGCGGCGGAGCUCGGAGGGUGAGCCCGUGUGCAACGCCUGCGGCCUCUACAUGAAGCUGCACGGGGUGCCGCGGCCUCUGGCCAUGAAGAAGGAAAGCAUCCAGACCCGGAAGCGGAAGCCGAAGACGGCCACCAAGCCCAGGGGCUCCUCAGGAGCCACAGCGAACACCUUGGCCUCCCCAUCUGCUGUCCCCAGCACUGAUAGCUCAGCGGCCACGUUGAAACCUGAGCCCCGCCUGGCAUCCCCUAUGUGCCCUGGGUCCGGCGUGGACCCCCAGGCCUCCGGCCAGGAGGAUGAUUCCCUUGCCCCCGGCCACUUGGAGUUCAAGUUCGAGCCUGAAGACUUUGCCUUCCCCUCCACAGCCCUGAGCCCUCAGGCUGGCCUUGCGGGGGCUCUGCGCCAGGAGGCCUGGUGUGCGCUGGCCUCAGCCUAGGUCCCAGGCAGCCUCCGUCGGGGAACAGUCUGGAACAGAGCACCCACUGAUUCGCUCCGUGACUCCUUCACUCCAGCACAGCAGAGACCAGCAGGCCAGAGACUGGGUGUCCGGAGUCCCCUCAAGGCGGUCGGGAGGCGGCCCCAGAGCAAGAAGGCUGGUGAGGAAGGGCCCAGCUCCCCACGCCGCAAGGGACUCCCCAGGUGCAGCCGAGGCUCCGGACCACACCGGCCACCCUGCAGCACCACCGCCAGCUCGAAUCCCGUCCUCGGCGAGCACCAUCAAUCUGUUUACAGUUGUAGCCGUUGGGGAAAAGCAAUCAAGCUCCCAGUGCAGAACCAAGAUGCCAAGCGAAGUGCCUGGGGCCGAGCCGGGGAGGGGAGCGAGGGGGGCAGCUGGGCACGGGCCUCCCGGGGCCUCGGCCGUCAUCCACCGUCCCCACUGAUAGACGGAGCUGGGUGCGGAGAGCCAUCCCGCAGCCGUUGCAGCACUGCCAAGGAUGGGCGUGCAGGCCACACACGGUGCCAGGACACGCCACCGGGAAGCCAUUCUCACUGCGGUCGUCACAGGCGUGUGCGCUUGUGCGGACGGCUUUUCCAGAGGGGAUGGGAAAGGGCCCUGUUCUGGCCGAGGCUGUAUCAUGACGGUUCUUACAGGCAGAGUGAAGUGUCUGGGAGCCCUGCCCUGACCCAUCCAAGCGCUGCUGGGGCUGGUGGUGACGUGGCCGCACGGCCUGGCUCACAUGGGACCGUGCGGUCUGGUCUCUUGUCCCAACAGAAUCAUUAGUGAUCUCCUUUCGCUUGCAAGCCCCCUCCACGUCGGGUUGGGCGAUACCUCAGUGGGUCACACUGGCGAGAGGCACCCUCCCUGCCCAAGGCAGCUGUGAAUGCCAGCAGCUUCGUGUCCAGGAGGCCACAGGGAGCGGAGGGGCCGGCCGGCCGGCACAGCACCCUGCACAACUUCUCCCGCCACCUGCCCCGCACUGGACCUGGCUCAAGGGAACUCAGGCAAGGCCCUGCGUCCUCACCUCCGCCCGGCUGCUCCAUUUCACCAGCAAGGCCUGAUUUUUCCAGCAAAGCCGGAAACUUGGAUUUUAAGUCUUCCGAUUUGAUUCAAAAACCUUUUGAACAUUGUGAGCCAGCCAGACCCCCGUGCACUGCCCCAUUUAAAACUUUUAUAUUUAAAAACGCUUGUGUCCAGCAUCCACUUCGGGAGCACAGCCGUCGUCCUGAAGCCGCGCCUGCAGAGCGCCCCCGAGCCCCGUUUCCGUGUGAUGUCAUCUUUUCUAAAAAAGACGAAGCCAUAGGAAAUGUGAAAUAAAGCCUUGAACCUCAC